ACGCACGCACACACGCACGUACACACGCACACACACACACACGUAAACACGCACAUACGCACACACGCACACACACAAGGACACACACACAAACACACACACACACACACACACACACACACACACACACACACACACACACACACACACACACACACACACACACACACACACACACACACAAACACCAAGUACAACCUCCCAACCACUCUCUCCGCCCACCGCCAGGACAUCCUCCGCCCCGGCCGCGCCGCCGAGGACGACCCGACGUACCAGCGGUUCGUGGCGACGUGCCCCGAGGGGCGCGUGGAGGACGGCGUGCAACUCCAGCUGGCGUCCGCGCACAAGGGCCCCAGGGUGAUCAAGACACACCUGCGCUUCGACCUCCUUCGGCAGGAUCUCCUGGACACGUGCAAGGUAGUAUACACCGUUCGAAAUCCAAAGGACACGUGCGUCUCUUACUUCCAUCACUGUAGCAACAAUAUUAGAAGCACAUUCAAGGGAGAUUUCUCCAACUUUGCCGAGGCUUUCAUGAGCAACAGUAUAAAUUACGGAACCUAUUGGGACCACGUCAGGCAAGCUUGGCAACGCAAAGGCCACAGGAACCUGCAUAUCAUGUUCUACGAGGAUUUGAAGGCGGAUAUCCACGGCGAACUGAGGAAGCUGGCAAAUUUCCUGCAACUUGAUCGCGAUGACGAUCAGCUGACAACUGUAGCUGAGCACGCGAGCUUCGAGCAGAUGAAAUCUCGCCACGAGCGCCUCAGCGUCAACCACAUGAUCCGUAACUUCUUCCGCAAAGGGCAGGUCGGAGACUGGAAGAACGCUGCGUCUGAGGAGCUGAACAACAAGAUGGAUGACUGGAUUCGGGAAAACUGUCGUGACAUUGACGUUUCCUUCAAAUAUGAAUAGCUGCUGGAAUAAACAGUACGCUUAUUUUUCACUCUUACUUUUUAUUAUUGAUAUUACACUUUUUGAUCUGUAUGUAAAAUUACACUAUUUCACAAUUAGGAAAAGGUAUAUUGAGUUGAUAUUCGAGGUGUUCUAAAUAAAGUCAUCUAUAUUU